CCAAUUGGUAGCAACACAAUCCACCACUCCCAAAAAGAAAAUACCAACAGUGCAUUAAUCAAAACAAUUUUUCGGUUUGCAAGCUAAAGCAUGCAAAAAUCUUCGCAUAUCGCACGCCAGGACUCACAAGAACAAUUGCCGACCACACACUACAAAGUAGUUGUACCAUCAAUGAAGCGUCGUACAUUGGCAGGCACCUGUGGCGUUGGUGUGUUUGUGAUUGCAUUCGUUGCGAUUGUCAUCUCAUUCGCCACACCCAAUUGGCUGGCAAGUGAUGACCGGAUAACUGGUGCUAAACUGAAUCGUCUAGGAUUAUGGGUACAUUGUUUUCGAUCACUACCCGAUGUGAAUGACGAUAGUCAACGCCGUUUCUUCGUCGGCUGUCGCUGGGUGUAUGACCCCUUCACAACGGGUUACGAUGAGAUUCGAGGAUUUUUACUGCCUGCAUUCAUGAUUGCAACACAAUUUUUCUACACACUUGCAUUUAUUGGAGCGCUAGUAUCAUGCGUAGGCGUCUUGGUAUUCUUCCUCUGCGCUGGACCGGACCAAAAACACUUUGUAACUCUUAUAAAGUUAAUAGGGUAUGUAAUGUUGGGCACAGGUGUGAGUGCAGCUAUUGCUGUAAUUGUUUUUGCUUGUUUUGGAAAUCGUAAUGGCUGGAUGCCGGAACACGCCAACAAUUGGUUCGGUUGGUCAUUUGUGUUAGCGUGCGUUGGAACAGUAUUUUCUUUAGUGACAGGAAUUCUAUUCCUUACGGAACAAAACGUACAAGCGAAAAAGCGCAAACAAUUCAAAGAAUCUCAAACACGUUUUGAGUUAGUGCAAGGCAAAGCCUAGUGGUGGAGUCAUCUUUCGACAGAGGAACUUAGUUUGCUAAUGCACAGGAGCAGUCGCGAAAGAAAACGAUUGCGCGGAAAAAUUCAACAUAGUUCUACAAGUUUUACGAAAGAAGUGUAAAAGUAUUUUAAGGAUAAAAAAGACACGACUUCAAACAUUCUAUAUUAUUUAAUCACGAAAUCUAAGCAUGCAGCAAUGCAUGUGCCUAAAUUCCGUCCAUUUAAAGGAAAUAACGACCAGUUCUAAGUUAAAAGUUUUUUUUACAUAUAUAACUUCAACUUUUUUGAAGAGCUCGAAGCAAUAAAACGCGAAAUAAUAGUCGUAAGUUUAUGCAAUUCACACAAGGUUAAAUCGUAUAGUUAUAAAAAGUUCUCAUAAUUCAGCACAAAUGGCCAAAAACGCAGUUGGUACUUAUGACAUGCAUUUACGUACAUAUUAACUUGCAGUAUAUUUAUAGUCACUUAAGACUGCCUUAAAGAAGAAAAACUUUUGCAUUUGUGUCCAACAACGAAUUUUAACUAGAAUCUCAACUUGCAAAUAUAAUUUUAAAAUAAAAAACGAAAAUAGCGUUAGCCGUUUGUACUGAUUGUGUGUAUUUGCACAAUUAUAAUUUGGAAAUUCACAGUAGAACGAACCAAUUGUAAUAUGAAAACACAUGUAAACAAACAUGCAACACAAUUGCUUUUAGAACAAUACAUAUCUCUCUAUUAUCGUCCACGAAUAUUAAAUAACCAUGUGCCUUAAGUAAAAAUUGUUAAAUGUAGUAUAUGUAUCUAAGAAUGAAGUAAUUAAGAAGUAUACGCGAAUUGUGUGCGUCGUUCUCCUACAAAAAUUGCAUAAACUUUCAUUGUUUUUUUAUGUUUGCACAACAUAUUCAUAGGCAUAUAAUUAAAUAUAGACAUAUAGUAAGUAGACGGUUGAAUAAGCACAAAUCAUUUUAAUAUGUUGCAACACAAAAUUGUUAAAGCAUUGGAGGCGCACAAAGUAAAAAUCGACAUAUAUAGCCUUUUUUGUAUAUAUGUAUCAACAAAUAGUGCCUUAAAAACAAUAUUGUACAAAUAUACAAGUAAUUAAUACCUAAUAAUCAUUCCAAAUUUUCGAAAAACAUACCUAUGUGUAAAUUGUUUUGUAUCUUUUAAAUCGUAAUAGAAAGUUUAAAUGUAUUUAAAUUAUUAAUGCAGAAAAAUUUUACAUCUACACAAUAAAGCAUCCAUACGUAGUACAUUCUAUAAUAAUAUACAUAUAUAUACAACUAUAAUAAUAUAUCAUGUUUACGUCUUAUAAACCGGCGAUGUCACACUUCGAAUACGAUAUCUUCGCAAAGUUUUUUGUCCAUUUUAAACUUUAUAAUUCGCUUCUACUUGAUCAUUAAUAAAGAAAAUAAAACUAGUGUUA